AUGACGCUACAGCACAGCUUGCUACCUCAGCUCCAAAGGAGCCGCCGCCUUGGGAUCUUAAUCGCUCUGGUUGUCUUUCAAAGUGUGACGGUCCUGUUGCACAAACAGACGUCCGUUUUGCAUCCGCCAGUUCCUCGAGACUUGUCCGAUCCCUUUGUAUUGGCCUCGGAACCUAACGGACAAGAAGAUCUUGAGCCAAUGUCCCGCAUUUUUCUAGAGGGAAGAGCAACCUAUACUAGCGAAUGCAGAAGGUUCAAGUUGACCAACAUCACCUGGGGUCAAUCGGUCGCUCCUUUCGUUGACAAAGUCGGAGCCAAAGUAUUGGUAGAGCAAAUGGGAACUUCCGUCAAGAUUGUUCCCACCAUUGCAGUCUACGACACGGCCAAUAUAUCAGACUUUGACGCCAUGUACAUGAAGGCCUUGCCAGACUCAAUCAUCAAACCAGCUCACGCCACCGGAUGGACCGCACAAGUCCAAAACAAGAGCUACGUUUGCUUCAAAGGUUGCAAGCAAGAAACACACAAGUUCCAAUCCUGGCUCGGAGAGCCUUCGGAAAUCGAACAGGCGCACAAAGUCGCAAAGAAGGUAAUGCAGUAUACCCUUUCCGACGUUCCCAGCCCCGAGUUUCAAAAGAAAGAACCCCAGUAUGGGUUUGUUCCUCGUCGGGUCCUCAUCGAACACCGACUGCCCGUAGAACGCAUGAAGGAAUACCACUGGUGGAUUGCCAACGGACAACCAGUUUUUGUCUGUAUCCGAUGUGAUGAAGGGCGGACGAAACGUGGAUCCUACUAUUCUUCCGCCUUUCAAAAGCUGGAAAUCACCAGUAUCUUGGAACCUUGCCAGCAUUUGUCACGGCCCAAGACUUGGGAAAAGAUGAUUUCCAUUGUGAAAAAUAUGGGUGAGCACGUUCCUGGGGUAGCGUGCAUCGAUCUCUACGCCGACGAUUUGGAUGUCUACUUCUCCGAAAUCACUUUCACACGAGGUAAAUGCCGAACAUACUUCCAACCGCUCGUGGCCGAUGCCCUCUUAUACGCAAUGAGCAACGAUAUCCUCGCUGCCAAAAGCAUCACCGCUGACUACGUCGAGAAAACAGUUGCCGAUCGAUCGUGGGUUCACGUUUCGUUCGACCUCGGCGAGCCUCUUCUUAGCACUAACAAGGUUGUCAACGCAACAGGAUUUCCGUCGGGGCCUGAUCUUUGUCGAAACCAAGCAACUGCCAAUUCCUCCGUCUGCGACCACACCAUAGAUUCAGUUGCGAGCUGGGACUUGCAUUGUGUUAUCAGCAAGGAGAACGCUUUAACAGCGGUGGGUCAAUCAAAAAUUCGGACAAUCGGUCGUAUCGUUCAGAAGAUUGACUGGCUGUUGGUUCUUGGUCUGGUAGUGUUACUAGUGCUUGUCAAGUUUGGACACAAGACACGGCAACUUGACCGACCAGGGCCUCAAGUCUUUCAUUGCUUCCUUUAUUUGGCUGCAGUUGCGGUAUUCAAGACCUUUCAAACCCAUUCUGCAGGCCUUCUAUCACCGAGACCAAUCUGGUACACUGUAGUCGAAAGUUACCAAACUUUCAAAAUUGUCCAUCCUGUGACAUCCCCGGCAAUUGCAUUAUCGCAUUUUGCGACUUACUGGAUUUCCGUCAGCGCAUUCUUUUCCAAAAGAUUGACUACAAUGUUGAUUCUUUGGUGCCUGUAUGAAGUCUGUACAGCUUUUGUAAACGAAUACUUUCACUUUGGUGAGGAGGACGAUUCGGUGAGAUGCAUGCGAGUUUCGUUCAUUCUUUACACCAAAGAAUACGCUAUCAAUGACGUCGUGAGGGUCUACUUGCUGCCGCCUCUCUUUGUGUAUGGGUAUCUGUUGCCCAAGAUGAUGCUCUAUUGGUUUGGUCCCCAUGGUUGCGCAACCUGGACACUGACCAGAUUGGGAUUGGCUGCAAGAGUGUUGAGUUUGUAUGGUGUUCAUGCCCCUCACGCUGACCACAAUGGAGGCGCGCUCGGCACCGCCAACGCAAAUCACGGCGGUGGCAAGUACAGCGCAGGAUUCUUCCAGACGCCGAGGGUCACUGACACGGGCCUGCAUGGCGCCACUAGACGCGACGGCACCGGAGGCAACCAAGGAUACUUCCCAACAAACGUCAACCACAGCAAGACUUUGUAA